AUGAACUCCCUCCGUGUUGCCCGUGUGGCUCUCCGAGCUCGCCCUUCAGCCAUGCGAGUGGCCUUCCAGCGGAGAGGAUACGCUGAGGCCGUCCCCGACAAGAUCAAGCUGAGCUUGGCCCUGCCUCACCAGUCCAUCUACAAGUCCCAGGAUGUCGUCCAGGUCAACAUUCCCGCCGAGUCCGGUGACAUGGGUAUCCUCGCCAACCACGUCCCUUCCAUCGAGCAGCUCAAGGCCGGCGUGGUCGAGGUUAUCGAGGAGGGUGGCGCCGCCAAGCAGUUCUUCCUGUCUGGUGGCUUUGCCUCUGUCCAGCCCAACUCCGUCCUGAGCAUCAACGCCCCCGAGGCUUACCCCCUGGAGGACUUCAGCGCUGACGCUAUCCGUGCUGGUAUCGCCGAGGCCCAGAAGGUCGCCAGCGGCAAUGGAAGCGAGCAGGAUAUCGCUGAGGCCAAGAUCGAGCUGGAGGUUCUCGAGACCCUUGCUGCCCAUGUCAAAUAAACGAUUGUAGAAAUAUAAAUUCCUGUACAACUUUUCUACCUGUCUUUAGCGCAGAGCCGAUACAAUUGAUUCCAGUUGCGGUGCUGUUACAUAAAAAAAAG